UCUCAGUAUUUUUUCGGCUCUUCAACGACAAAACGCUUUAUUCGUGAACCAUCAUCAGCUCGUAACUCUUCAAAUUUUUGACAAAGUGUCGCAAGAAAUAAAUGCCGUUCUGUUAUUAACCAACCAACUAGUGAAAAAGUUAAAGCAAAAAGUAAUUUCAUAGAAGUUUAAGCAGACAAAUAAUUAAAUAAAAAGGAAAAAAUUCACAAACCUAGGCUAAAAACAAACAAAUAUGCCACGCUAUCGUGAAUGGGAUUUGGCCUGCAAAGUCUAUGUGGGCAAUUUGGGAUCAUCAGCGUCAAAAUAUGAAAUUGAAAACGCAUUUAGCAAAUACGGCCCACUGCGUAAUGUCUGGGUUGCACGCAACCCUCCUGGUUUUGCUUUUGUUGAAUUCGAAGACAGACGUGAUGCCGAAGACGCAACCCGAGCCCUAGAUGGAACUCGUUGCUGUGGUACCCGCAUACGUGUAGAAAUGUCCUCUGGACGUUCACGCAGAGAAGGAAGCAGACGCCGUGGCGGUAACAGUGGUGGCGGAGGAGGCCGCAGCGCUGGCGAAUCUGCUGGCAGUGGCCGUGGAGCAGUAGCGGGCGGAAGUGCACGCUACCGGAAAAUAAAGUCAACUUCUGCUUCAACUACUACUACCUCCACUACUAUUUGUUGUACCACAAGUACAUCUAUUACUACUACCAACUACUCCUCUUCCUACUACUACAAAAAAUCAGUCAACAACUUCAGCUUCAACAACAACAACGACUACAGCAACAACCUCAGCUCGAAAAAAAGAAACAUUUUCAUCAACACACUACCUCCACCACCACCGACAGCAACAACAACAACAACAGCUACAGCAACAUAUUUCCUCAUCAUUAAGAAUAAUAAUUGUACAAGAAAAAUCAUCACAAUCACUUCUAACACCAACUAUACACCAAUACUCCUCCUGACCGACGACAUUUUUAUGACCUUAGACACCAAAAUUCACUAUUUACCAUAUGAUUACUAUAUCGCUUUAGAUUUGUUACUAGGUUUCAUCAUUUUUGCAAUGGUGUGGACGACACAACUACGGACAACGACCACAACAAAAAUACACACACCGAUGAGACGAGGACGACGACCACGACAACGGACUUGUUUGGUACCCCAAUUGUCGCUGAAUGGUUCAAUGAACGUAGUUGUUGUUGUUUUGACUAUGAAUGUAGUUGUUCUUAAACAAAUUCAUCAAAAUCUCAACUAUCACCAAAUUCACUACCACCUACCGCCACCACCACCACCACCACCACAACCAAGAACAACAACAAUACACCACUGCCAUGAAUAUAGUAACUGCAGUUGUUGUAGUAGCUCAACUUCAUCGUUGAUGAAUGAUAUCAUUUCUUCUACUACCUCCCCCAUCAACAACAACUUGCAACGAUUCGACUACUACCUCUUCUUCUUCUACCGCAGAGUCGUCAUUGUUAGCACCAUCAACAUCUCUUCAGCUACCGCUACUAUUACUACUACUUCUAGUACUAAAAAAAACAUCAAAACAAUCACCAAAAAACAACAAUUAUUGUAUUGCCCAAUUCAAGGACAAAUUCAGCUACCACAGCCAGCAUCAUCUUUAAUUCGUCCCCCCUUGGCAGUAGUACAUGAAAUAUUAACAACACUACUACCACUACUAUUACUACUACUACCACCUCCAAACUUAUCACUACCACCACCAACUUAACCACCACCAACCACUAUCUUAUCAAAUCGAAUCAAAUCAAAUCAGCUUGCUUGAUCAACAACAACAACUAGUUCUUUAAAUUGUUGUUUGACUUGAACAACAGUUCGAUACUGCAACGCAGUUUGUUGUUACUGGCCAUGCCCAACCAUAUGACUUGGUGUUUUGUCUCUAAACAAUGCUCAAGUCUGCGGCGCUAACUACUCCAAAUUCCUACAAACAUCACCACUUCACCUAAUUGCCAUUAGCUUUGUCAAAAAAAAAAAUAUUGAUUGCAUCACUUCACCGCCGUCAACAAAAUGCCCCCAAUUUCGGAAAAAAAAUAAGCACAACAUCACUACUACCUCUUCUACAGAAUAAAAGACUUGUGUGUCAGCAAAGACAGCCAUCAGCCAUGAAUUCGUCAUGUCCAAAAUAGGUUUGCAAACGGAAAAAUGUCAAGCUACCAUACGCCUUCCUUGCUAGACAUAUUGCUGUAUGGGGUCGAGCUUAGUUUAAAGUUGAAUCUCAAUGUUAGCCUUUGAUAGCAUAUAUGUAAACCCUGCUGGGACACGCAAAGGAAUUAUGGCAAUUAAGGAUAACAAUUAUUUUUUUGUCAUCCUAAAGGACUACUUAGUUUUCAACACCGGGGUUGCAAAGGUUUCCGCAGUCAGCAGCAUGGACAAUGUUUUUAUUAGUAUAGGCUAUCCACCGUUAUUGGAUUGGAUAUCUAUUUAUUAUGUUUUUUUCUCGGGCCCAGAAUUCACUCAAUAACGCCGGGGGAGCUACGCCACGCCUUUUUCUCUUCAAAUGUUGCUGAAUUCAGGAAUAGUUAAAAAGUCCCUCAGCUUUAGAGCCACCGACAGCCAACGAUACAACUUGAAAGGUCUUCAAAAAUGUAGAAGCAGGUCAUCCAUCCAUCACACAUCCAUCGUGUUCCUUCGUCCUGAAGUCAACAAAUGGGUAUAGUAUGAGUUAUGUACAUUUUGUAACUUCUUUGAAAAACAUAAUUUUUCGUUUAUCUACUCCUUUAUGCGAAUGAAGAGAGAACUUUAACUCGCUAUACACACUCUCUCUAGCUCCUUUUCUAGAAAUACAACAGUAGUAGCAAUUUUUCAAGUUGUGUUUUUUUUUAAGAAAAAUUGAUGAUGUUUUUAAAUGAUCUGGCGAUAAUUCACACCUAACUCUUUUUUUUUAUUUUUUGUGUUUUAUUCUACUUCAAAUGGGUGAGGUCUUCUUAAAAACCACCUGUAACGUAACUCCAAUGAGCUAUCAGCAACAUCACAACCCUCCUACUGCUAACUACUGCUACUUCGUUGUAAGUCGGUCUCGGUAUCGGUGUCUGUCGAUCAUGAAUCCAUCAUUUUUGGGGUCGGCCUUUAACACAACAAAAAUGGCAAAUUAACAACGAUGUGCUUGACAUUUUAAACAAUAAUCCGGUAAACACGUUAAAGGAAUCUGUUUUAGAACCUGCCUGCUACGAGUGUCAUCAAUGUAUAUCCCCCCAUCCCCUUUGUCUGCCUUCAGCUGCUACAUACCACACCACCCCAAAAACCGAUAUUUCAACUUUAGAAAUGAUUUUUCAGAAAUGUAAUGCGCCACAGCUUGUAAAUUUUCAGUCCACCAAACAGCAACUAAGGUCGCCAUAAAAUUUUGUAGAAACUUUGCACUACCAAGUAAACCAAUGUACCUUCCAAAACAAACAAACAACCAACUGCUACUUCUGUCCGUCCAACUGCCAACAAAAAUCCUUCAACUAUAAGUUAUGGGCGUACCUUGAAACGGGUAACCACUGCGCGUCGUGUUGUCAUCAUGUUUAUAGUCCUUUUUAUUCGCAAAGUAUAUAGCAACAAAAAUCAUCACAAACCUAUCAAUUGAUCAACCAACCAACCAACACCACCAACCAAUCAGCCAACAAUCGUUUUUCAGUCAACUGCAAGCAAAAAUUCGUUAGCAAUAAUCAGCAUCAUUAUUAGCCAAAAUGUAUACUACAAACUUCUCACUGCCACAAGUAUUCGAAAUCUCAACAACCAUUUUACAAGUAAAACAACCUCCUCCAUACAAAAAAAAAAAAA